ACCCUCUCAACUUAUGCAAAGAUUCAAUUCAAAGUCACUUGGACGGGUGCAAGAGCAACAAAAUGGCCAUAAGGAAAUCCAAUAAGCUACCCCAAACAGAUGUUAUCAAGCAAAUUCUCAAAAAGUGCUCAAGUUUUGGUAAAAAACAAGGCUACAACGAAGAGGGUCUUCCUGAAGAUGUACCAAAAGGCCACUUUGCAGUCUAUGUUGGUGAAAACAGGACAAGAUAUAUUGUCCCAAUUUCAUGGUUGGCUCACCCACAGUUUCAAAGUUUGCUCCAAAGAGCUGAAGAAGAGUUUGGCUUUAAUCAUGAUAUGGGCCUUACCAUCCCAUGUGAUGAAGUUGUUUUUGAGUUCCUUACCUCAAUGAUCAGAUAAGAAGGAAGGACUAGGCAUUUUGAUCAGUUAUGAGGCUUAUCAACAUAAAUCCAAAACUAUUAGCCCUUUGUGUCAAGUGGCG